UGCAAUAGGCAGGGAGACGUGGAGGCUGCUCCCACGGCCGCUGGCAUCGCCGCUGCGGUCAGAAACCCUCUAUUGUCAGCCCUGGGGGGCCCGGCCCUGUAUGGGGGUGCGAGGAGAGGUGCAGCAGCAGCAGGGCUGGGUUAAGGGCCAUCUCCUGGUCCUGCUGGACGGGGGGGUGUCACCUAGAAGGGCAUCCUGUGCUGCUGGGGCUCAGGUGGGGAGCGGGGAGCUGCCCUUUGACCCCCCAGCAGCAGUGAGGCCAUGAGCUCUCAGGAUGAGCAGUUCCAAGCAGCAGCCCCUGAGCCAGCAUCUUCCUCCGCUGAUGAUGGCAUGACCUGGUGGUACAGGUGGCUCUGCAGGAUUGCCGGGGUCAUCGGGGGCGUGUCCUGUGCUGUUGCUGGUCUCUGGAACUGUGUUACCAUCAACCCACUGAACAUUGCAGCCGGUGUGUGGAUGAUGCUGAACGCCUUCGUCCUGUUCCUGUGUGAGGCUCCAUUCUGCUGCCAGUUCAUCGAGUUCGCCAACGCCGUGUCUUCGAGGGCAGACAAACUGCGGGCCUGGCAGAAAGCUGCUUUCUACUGCGGGAUGGCCGUGUUCCCUGUCAUUCUCAGCCUGACGCUCACCACGCUCUUUGGAAAUGCCAUUGCGUUUGCGACCGGGGUGCUUUAUGGCCUGUCAGCUCUUGGCAAGAAGGGAGAUGCCAUUUCCUACGCUCGGAUCCACCAGCAGCAGAAGCAAAUGGAUGAAGAGAAGCUCACAGGGUGCCUGGAGGGACAGGCUCUGUGAAGUGCAUGAGCCCUGGGCGACCUUUUGGACCCUGAGAUGGUGGUGAAGAUUUGGGAACCCACUCUGCCCUCCCAUCUGCCCACCCCCUCUCUGUCACUCCAUGAUUUCCCUGGACACUACGGCAACAACUGGAGCUCUCAGGGAUGGGGUGGGCUGUGCCCCCCUCACACACCAGCACUUGGACCUCAGUGCUUUGGCUGCUCCCUCCUCCCGCCACUCAGAACCAAAUAUCUCACGGUCCUUCUUUUUCUUUCUUUCUUUCUUUCUUUCUUUCUUUCUUUCUUUCUUUCUUUCUUUCUUUCUUUCUUUCUUUCUUUCUUUCUUUCUUUCUUUCUUUUAUUUAUUUAUUUAUUUGCAGAGGUGCUGGCCCUUUGUGUGCUGCUGUACAAGCCUAAAUACGUAGCCUUUCUCUGUUUUAAUGCCCAUCACAUUUUGCUGGGGACUGUGUGUGGGCAGCACACUCUCUGGGGACUGCUCUUGGAACUCCUUGGCUCCAGAGGUCUCAUGCCCAGGGUGCUGCUGCACAUUACACAUUUAAUGCAGCACACUCUGGUGUGGCUCUUUCCAGGCGUAAAACAAGAAUGCAGUGUUUAGCAGUACCUGCUGAUGCUUGCACUUGGUGUUUUUCAUCAUGCAGGUUUUAAUAUGGGUCCAGUUAGGUCAGACAUUGGAGGCAUCUUUGCACAGUAAAGGACUUCCAGCAAAAAAAAAAAGCCAAGCAUGAAGACAGUGAUGCCUCCAGAGGCGAGAAGCACAGUCUGCCCUUUCUCUGGAUACAGCUUCAGGCAGAUAAUGCAAUUUACUUGAAUUAUAAGCAUUAAUUAUGUAAUCUUAAUAAGGGUACUUUUCUUCAGCUUCACUCUUUUACUGGGCAAGGAGAGAAGCAAGGCUGAAAAGGCAUUGUGUUGCUUGAGGCAAAUGAAGGCUGUUUGCAGGUGGGAUGGUUGCUAAUGUGCAAGUGAGUCCCCUCUGAGCCCAGGCAGACACUGCUCUGUUCUCUCACUUCCUGUGUCUGCUCCUGCAGUCUGUUCUGAGCGUGGGACCAGCCCUUGGCUUCUGUCUGUACAGCCUUUCUCAUUGAGCUCAUGCUUUUUUGCAUCAACCCGGGCUGGUUUUUGUAUGGGAAGGAGGCAAAUCCUUGCUUUGCAAACAGGAAAAUCCCAUUUUUGUGAGGUGCUGCUUUAUUCCAAGCACCAUCAGCAGUGCUGAUUCUGUUUGCUUUGUUUGAGGCCGAGCAGAACUGCUCAUCGGGUCCAGAUCCCCCACCUCUCAUCACAGUUUCUUUUGGGGGAUGGGAGGGGAAGGGUUAAUUUAUUUGUUUUUACUUGAUUGCCAUCUGUUUUACUUAGGAGAAGGGAGAAUAAUUUAUUUCUGCUUAUUUAAGUAUUUUGAUGAGACUCAUCAGAGUGCAUCAUCUCAUUUCAGGGGUCUCUGGAAAGCGUGCUGUCCUUCCUUUGAUCCCUUUGUCUGAUUGCAGUGACAGGAGAUGGCUCUCCUUGCUGGGCCUGGUGCUCAGUGGAAAUAGGCAGCAGCUCUGGCCCUAUGCCUGCUGCCUGCUGGCACCUCAGGAUCCCCUUUGUGUUACUGGGGUGCUGGGGUGGGGGGUCACCCUGCAAUUUGGGAGAGCUGCUGCUGGAGGGCACUGGUGCGUGUGGGCAUUGCAGCAGGAGCAGUGCUGUCCCUGGAGGCUGGGGGGUUAAGCUGUCAGCGACUGCUCCUUGUUGGUUCUUUGCUGGAGUUCAAGGAGGUGUGAAGAUUUGCACCAGGCAGGAAUCUGGUGCGAGUUGAUUUGCACAUGCAGGGCCUUGCUGGGCAGCUGCUUUGUGCUAAGCCCUUUCCCCCUGGGCCUCUGUGCUGUAUUUGCUCUGACACCAGCUUGUCUGGGGUACAGAACUGCCAGCCCAGAUGCAACGUGGUUUAAUAAAAGCUUUGCUGUUUCAGAGCCCCCCAGCUCUGGGCUGGUCCUUUGGCUGUGUGCAGUAUGUGGGGUGUUGGCUUUCUGUGUAUGUGUGCACAGGGACUGCAAACUGCCAUGCUCCCUUUGCUGUGAGGGGAGUGCAGGGACCCCUGUUAGUAGCCAAGGCCUCUCUGCUCCUUGCAUCCAUGUGCAGCAUCGUGGAGUGGUUGCAGAGCAGCACCCUGCCCAAUGGGCAGAGCACCCACAUUUGAUUUCAGGGGGUUUUCAGUAGUUUAGUAGCAUUUGGUAGAGGAACAUUGCAGACAGAGGCAGCAGUAUCAGGGUGAGCACAUCUGCAGUGGGUGCUCCUGGGAACUGUUGCUGGCUGUGGUGCAGCAGAACACAAACCAGGUGCUGCUCUUGCUGUGGCCACAGCCUGGUGGAGUCUGCAUGCUGCACCCAUGGCUUUCAGGAGUGGUGGAGUGUUAAUGGAUGGUUUCUCCUCAGUGUUGGGUGAGAGGCUGUUUUAGUGGCAAUAGGAAGACUUUUAGAGUAGUAGUAUCACAGUAGUUAGCGUGCCCAUUCACAGUGCAUGGUGGUUAUUAGUUGUGUUUAGAGGCACCAUUAGGGUGCUUGGAGCUGUGCAAGAAUGAAGGAAGUGAAAAGCACCACUGCAGUGAUUUGGUAGGCUCAGCUCAGUGCAGGUAAGGGGCAUCCAUGGGUGAGGUACUGCUUGCCAGGUCUCGGAGAGGACUUUGAGGGGAGGAUGGGACAGAAAUUUUGUUACGUGAGACCUCAGGAGCAGGUGAUACAUUGACUGCAGUGAGUAUGGAAAGACAGCUGGGUACUGGCAAUAAAUACGCACUUGGAAAUGGACUGUUACACCAUUCCUGUCUGAGCUGUGCACUUCUCUUACCAAGCACAUUUAUACAGCGUGCAACUGCUCCAUUUAGUCACAAAAAGUGCUGCAGUUGUGCUCCAGGUUCCCAAGGGCUCUCCACUGGGCAUGCAAAGAGCAGAACCUCUCGUUCUGCUGUAUGCCCACACCUUGCUGCUCUAAGCAGCAGCUGAUUUUGUAACAGCAAAUUGAUCCUCUGUGUGUGCAGUGAAUAAAAAGACCAUUCUACCUCUGGAAAGAGCCACUGUGAUUUCUCAAUCCAAAUGCAGCAAAACCCCUCAGACUUUCUGUAUGGAAGAAAGAAGGUCACUCAGCAAACACUUCUCCAAUGAGGUUCUCUCAGGACCUGGAGAGCCCAGCGUCGAUUCAUAUUUGGGCACUUCCUCCUUUGGCCCUGGGAAGCUCAAUUCAUCUUUGUCAUUUUUUCUUUUUCCUCAGGAGAAAAAAACAUCCACUGUCUGCAGGGAAAGGUUUCACUGAAGUGAGGAUAUCGAGACCUGGUCCAUAGCCAUGUGAGGAGGAGAAUGCUGUAGGACAGGGCUGCCAGAGAGCCUGAUCUGCUGAAGGUCAGUGGAAACCAGAGGCUCUUGAGAUCUCAGGCCAUGCACAGAAACAGUAAUGCUCCAGCCAGGACUGGACAUCUUUCUGGAAAUGGGUCUCAGCUGUAAAGGUUGAGUUUAAUACUGAAAAUGUUGUGUUUUGAUUUUGGCCCAUCUCUCUUCCUCUGUCCUUGGCUGCUUUAAAUUAACCCUCUGAUAAAGCACAUCUUCCCUUGGGUGAGAUGCACCUCCUGCUGCAGGGGAUCUAAAAGCAGUUAGUAGUUCCUGAGAUCUCAGUCACAUGCUCUGCACUGCCUCCUGAUUCCUUGGCAGGAAGGGAGGAUACAAGCUUAUCCAGGACACUCAGCUCGCCCUGUGCAUUUCAGCAGGCUGACAAGUGCUUGGGCAGGUGAUCCCCAGGCCCAGGGCAUGUUGUUAUGUUGUUCUGCCCCUAUGGGGAGAGCCAGGUCAGGCAAUUCUCAGCAAGGCCAGUUGUUCCUCACAGCCAUAACCACCUCUUGCACUGUGCUUUACUUUAAAUAAGACCUUAAGCCACGCAGGACAUCAGGAAAGGGGUAAGAGCAAUUUGCUACUAUCUAUGCAGCUGAAAUCUCAAAGUGAUGGAGGUGGAGGCUCUACACACAGCUGUGAUGGAGGCACAUCCACCUUCCUUCUUUGUAAAACCCUGGGGAGGGAAGGACCUGCCCCACUACAAAGCAUUGUCUGUACCGACCGUGUCUUUCCUGCAGGGAAUCACUUGCACUACAGCUGAAUGUCUGUCUGUUCCCAGUCUUUGUGCUUUGUCCUGAGUUUUCUUUGUGAACCGUGGUUGGUCUUGUUCGUUAGGCUUCUAGUGUAACGUGUUUUUAGAGCAAUAAAAUGUGGCAGCUUUUUAUACAA